GGCUCAACCCAGAAGCCGGAAGCAUCCGAGCAAAAGAAGUACUUUGGAAACUUUCAGCCUUACUACGAAGAAAAUCCAGCUCUAACUACUUUUAAUUGACUAUAAGUGCGAGUGUUUGGUUGUGCAUAAGUAUACAUAUUCAACACUGCGCCUGUGAUUUAGGGACUUUCUAUGGCGUACUGAAAACGGACCGUGUACAUAGUUUGUUUACAUGGCAAAACAGCUAGCAAGCUAGUAGCCACUAGCUAGCAUAAUUGGAGUCACAUGAGCUGAUAAUUAUCAGCUUUCGAAAUCAAACUUUAACUUAAGGCGUUAACUUACUUGUGAACAAGGAAGAGGUUGUCUUGUCGUUUUCCCCGGUUUGGUUGAUAGCUUAACCACCGCCCAAUGUAUCCUGCUUCGUUCAUUGUGCGAACACCAAUCUAAAACUUGAGAUCGGGUAUUGAAAAAAAAGGCCCGGCGUCUUUAUGUCAAGGAUGCCUUGUUCCUGUGGGAAUUGGAGAAGAUGGAUUCGUCCUUUGGUUGUUUUUUUAUAUAUUUUGUUGUUGCUCGUCGUCUUACCUCUGUGCGUUUGGGAACUUCAGAAGUCAGAGGUUGGUACACAUAACAAAGCCUGGUUCAUUGCUGGGAUAUUCGUCUUUAUGACAAUCCCAAUAUCCUUAUGGGGCAUCCUCCAGCAUCUGGUUCACUACACUCAACCUGAGCUGCAGAAACCUAUCAUUAGGAUAUUGUGGAUGGUGCCGAUCUACAGCUUGGAUAGUUGGAUCGCGCUAAAAUAUCCAAGCAUUGCCAUUUACGUGGACACGUGCAGAGAGUGCUACGAAGCUUACGUCAUCUACAACUUCAUGACCUUCCUGCUCAACUACCUGGAGAAUCAGUACCCCAGCCUGGUGAUGAUGCUGGAGGUCCAGGAGCAGCAGAAGCACCUUCCUCCUCUCUGCUGCUGCCCGCCCUGGCCCAUGGGAGAGGUUUUACUUUUAAGGUGCAAGCUGGGAGUGCUGCAGUACACCGUCGUUAGGCCUGUCACGACUAUCAUUGCUCUGAUCUGUCAGCUAUGCGACGUGUACGACGAAGGCAACUUUAGCUCAACUAAUGCUUGGACGUACCUGGUUAUUUUCAACAACAUGUCACAGCUGUUUGCCAUGUACUGCCUGGUGCUGUUCUACAGGACUCUACGAGAGGAGCUGAGUCCCAUCCAACCAGUGGGAAAAUUCCUGUGUGUCAAAAUGGUGGUCUUUGUCUCAUUCUGGCAAGCUGUUCUCAUUGCUUUACUGGUCAAAGUGGGCAUCAUUUCUGAAAAACGCACAUGGGACUGGCAAAGCGUGGAGGCGGUGGCUACGGGACUACAGGACUUUGUCAUAUGCGUGGAGAUGUUCCUGGCAGCCAUCGCGCACCACUUCAGCUUUACCUACAAGCCUUACAUCCAGGAGGCUGAGGAGGGCUCGUGCUUCGACUCCUUCAUGGCCAUGUGGGACAUCUCGGACGUCAGGGCCGACAUCUCAGAGCAAGUCCGCAAUGUUGGCAGGACAGUCAUGGGUCGCCCCAGGAAGCCGUACUUUGGCGAGGCACAGAGCGACGGCGAGAGCUCAGGCCUCCUCUCCUCGUCAGCCUCUCAAGACGCCGUCGCCGAGGCAGCAUCCAAUCCGGUGUCACCCAAGGGCAGGUACGAAGGCAUGGGGAGGACCCAGACGCCGCACUCUCUGUCGGCCCCCGCCGGGCUCAGCGGCACGAACUGGGAUGAAGGACACGAGGCCACGCCUGAAGAAAACGAUGCCACGAGCGACGGAACCAAAGAAGCGGUGCACGCAGACCUGAUCGUCAUCACUUAGCGUAAUAUGUCAUCACUUAGUAACACGCUUGGGCGGGACCCGGUGACCGAACUUGUUUGUUGAGAGAGCACAGCAAUCAGUGUGUCUUGCCAACAGUUGCCUGUGAUAGCUGGAAGAAUGUUCCAUGAGGAUAUGACACUACUACAGUACUUUCAACUUCUAUCUGGUGCGGCAAAUAUUAACAAACCUUUAGAAAAUUCAAGAAAAGUAUGCAUAUACUAUUCCAGAAAAUGAUAAGGAUUUAAAUAGAAUCUAUUAAAAUAUCUAGAGUUAUGGUCAGAAAUGUACCGUAAAUUCGGGUGUAUAAAUGACACCCACUAAAUUUAGAGAAAAAAACAAAUUUGUACACAUAUAAGCCACACGUGUCCACGCUACUGUUACAUAUAAUGACGGCCUGCAAUUUCCAUUAGGUUGAUAAGCUUGUUGUGAGUGCACUGAUAGCUCAUGAUUGGCUCCUGCCGAAGAAAGAGCUACCAUUUCUCCACUGACUUGCGAGCGCUAUAGUAUUUAAACUAGAGAUGAGUGAGUACACCACUACCUGUAUCUGAUCACCCAUCAAAAUGAUCCAUAUCGAUGCACUGGAAAUGGGCGUGGUUUAAACAGAAAUGGGUGGGGCUAAAAUUGGUAUGUUCACUAUACACAGCCUCGCUAUUCAACACAUUUUUUUUGUGUGCAACUUUUUACAGUGUAGCAUGCUUCUUUUUUUCUUUUUUACAGCGUAUGAACACAUUGUCUUCUGCGUCCUGAUUCGCUAAGGGAGAACCCGCAUAGUCUCUCUGCGUCCUGAUUGGCUAAGGGACUGUAGACCAUCAAUAAAUCUCCUCCACGCCAUGUGCCCUGUACGGUAUAGAGUGCGUUCAGCUUGCCGAAUUUACAUACUUGUUCUAUCACAAGCAGUGUGGCUCUUUAGUGCUGUAAGUUUGCAAGUUUUCUCCCCGACAAAAAACUCACAAUGUUGACCAAACACUCUGCACCGACAAAAGCACCUGCAGCUGCACCCAAAAGGCAGAGGAAGAUGCACAAAAAGUUGGAAUUCUGGACAUGCUGAAGGAAGGUAGAACUUACGCAGCCGUAGGGCGCCAUUACGAAAUAAAUGAAUCUUCGGUUCGUACCAUAAAGAAGGAGGAAAAUAACAUAACAGCAGCAAUAAAUUUUAACAAGGAUGCAAAAAGGGCUUUAAAUGUCCGCAACAAGACCACGGAAAGGCCGCCUCAGUGGAUGCCGGGGCAGAGACAUACAUAAACAAAUUUAAAGCCAUCAUCGAGGAAGGGGGAUAUAAGCCUGAACAAGUUUUUAAUAUGGAUGAGACAGGCUUAUUUUGGAAACACUGCACUGCUGAUUCAGCCCAGGGACCAGGGCGUGAUCCACGCUUUCAAGGCCCUCUGUAUGCACAACAGAGAUAUGUUCUCAUGUCUGAGAAAAGUGUAUAAAGUGUGUGGUGAAGGGUUUUACAGCCUUAAUAUAUAAUCAACAAAAAAACAUCCUGUAAACGAAAAAAUAUAUCAUGAACGAAAAAACAAAAAACGGGGGAAUCAACUUCCACUACACGGAUUUCACUUAACACUGGUAUUUUUGGAACUUCUUGUAUGGUAGGUAGCACGCCUGUUUUAUGAUGACUUCAUUGAAUAAGACAAAAAACACAUUUCAAGGAAAACAUGGUCAUGCUACCCCAAUUGAGUUGCAUAAGCGGCCGACGCAACACGAGCCUGCACAGCGCCGUCUUGUCAAAUGCACCGCGUACUUUACGAAACAAGUUUACCAAGUAACUUUGGAUACAAACCGAAAUAGAGGAGAGCUCAGGAAAACCUACAAGAAAGUGGAGGCGGUGGGCAACGGCACACGAGCAGUUUGCUUCUUGCCAAUUGCACAGUGUACUUAAUGAGGCACUGAUCAACUCUGUGGCUCCAGCCCUGCACAGGCUGUCUCGGGAGGGGCGGUGGCUGUGUGUGACUGGCCAAUCACAGAAUGCACAAUGAAUCACAGAAGCACAAAAAUGCCUUAUCCGUAACGGAUUCUCGACUCAUCCCUAAUAUAAACAAUAAGGUAGUAGUUCUGAAGUAAAGGAGAUGUCACAAGAUUAGAAUGUAGCCAUAAAUUAGCCGCACAGCUACAUAAAUCGCAGGUUUCAAAGUUGAAGAAAAACGUAGUGGCUUAUACACCGGAAUUUACGGUAUACACUCAUCAAGGGAAUACAUGUCCUGUUAAUUCUUUGUCCUCAAUGAUUUAUUCGAACCGUUCUUUUUACAGGUUGGACAGGAUGUACAACGUACAUCUUCAGUGGUUUUUGAAAUUGUCUCAUUUACACAAGUUAUACGUCCAGGCUCCAAUGGAACUGUCCCUUUGUCAAGUUUUACCUCAACCAGUCCAGAAGCUUCAUUUUAGCCUGAUUUUUAAUGUGUGUUUGUGUGGCAGUUGGAACACUAAACAGUGUCUAACGUUUCAGCCAUCUUAAUGCUGGAUUGAUUUGAAGAUGAAGAAUCUAGAGGUAGUCCGCAUCCUUCAUGAUUUGUCAAAUAUGUAUUAUUUAUGUUGCCAAAGAGAAACUACCAGCUGCAGUCAAGGGCUUGCAGCAUUUUGGUGACUAUAUGAUAUAUUUGAGCCCAUAAUGAGUGUAUGUACUUCUGACCGGAACUGUCUAAGUGCACAGUGUCAUAGUAUGCAAUAAGCAUUCAUUUUGUGUCCAUUGUGUUAUUUUCAUUUUUAGUUAAAUGUUUGAUUUCGCAGCUAACUCCGCCCUAAGCCAUUUAAUGUGGUUUGUUACUGACUUGCAGGGAUGCUGACGUGUAAAAUGAGUAAAUAUGUUACUAAUUAUUGUUAGUCAUAUACUGUAUACAGUAUGUGUCCAAUGCCUUACACAACUUUAUUUUUUACAAUAAAACUGACAAUUAAACACAAGUAAGUUGUCAUCAUGGACCAGUCCACUUAAAAACACCUCUACUGUGAGAAUGGAGCAUCAAACCACCGCCGCCAUGAUGGAUAUGGUGCUGUUGUGGAGCUUCACAGCCAGGCGGACCCGCUCUCCCGCCCGAACCUCCAGCGGCUGCUGCAGCACGACGGCCGCCUGCUUCCAGUGAGAGUGUGGACUGAGGGUGCUGACGCUGAUGUCUUCGUCCAAGAAGAUGUCGUACCAGAAGGGAAUGGCAGUUAUUCGGCCCGGAGCCAUAGCCUGGACCUGAA